CCCAGUGGACGGGGCUAUAGAGCCCAACGCAGCACUGGCUCUUCCUCAAGUCGUCCAAACUGCAAAAGGAGAAGAGAAGAGGCUCAGAGCCUCAGACAGCAAGCACAACACGAAGCCGAGGAAGAACCCUAGCCUCCUCCCUCCUUCUCGACGACGGCGCAGGGUUUUUCCUGUGCACGCGGCCUUGGAUCCUUGUACCGCGAGAGGUGAGGCGAGGUUCCUUCUUCGGUGAAGAUGAGGCCCGUGUUCGUGGGGAACCUGGACUACGACACCCGCCACUCGGAGCUCGACCGCCUCUUCUACCGUUACGGCAGGAUCGAGCGCAUCGACAUGAAGUCAGGAUUUGCUUUUGUCUACUUUGAGGAUGAGCGUGAUGGUGAUGAUGCCAUACGGGCUCUUGAUGGUGUGCCCUUUGGCCCUGGGAGACGCAAACUUUCAGUGGAGUGGUCACGGGGUGACCGCGGUACCAGACGUGAUGACCGUGAUGGCUAUAGUAAACCACCUGUGAAUACUAAGCCUACUAAGACACUGUUUGUCAUUAACUUUGACCCGAUCAACACAAGAGUCAGUGAUAUUGAAAGGCAUUUUGAUCCAUUUGGAAAGAUCUCAAAUGUUCGGAUAAGGAAGAACUUUGCUUUUGUUCAAUUUGAAACACAGGAAGAAGCCACAAAAGCCCUCGAUGCUACUCAUUCUACGAAGUUAUUGGACAGAGUGAUAUCUGUUGAGUAUGCCUUCAGGGAUGACAGUGAACCAGGUGACAGGUAUGACAGGCCAAUUAGAGGUGGUGGCGGCGGCGGCGGCUAUGGAAGGCAGGAUGAUAGCUCGUAUCGCCGUUCUGUUAGCCCUGUGUACCGAAGGUCACGACCUAGUCCUGACUAUGGUCGUCCAAGGAGUCCUGCUGAGUUGAGUCCUGUGUAUGGUUCAUAUGACAGGAGCAGAAGUCCUGUUCGUGAUCGCUAUCGAGGCCGAUCUCCUCUGCGCUCAAGAUCCCCGCUUGCCAACAGGAGAGCUUACGACUGAGAGAGUUUUCAGUGAGGCGCCUCGCAUCCGCCAUUCUAGCUCUAGCACUAGCAAAGAAGUACAUCUGUACUCGUACCUAUGCUUAUUGUUUAGCUGACAUGGAUAUAUAGACCUGUUCUUAUUCAAGACCUACUGUGUGCCUAAAA